UUAGCAAACCUAACGUACGAAUAUAAUGGGUGUCCAUAUCAUGAGAGUAAAAAUAGCUCUGCUCAUGAGCUUAUUCUUAUUCGAAGCAAGUCUAGUCCUUGGGGAUAUAGGCACUGCAACAUCUUACAAUUCUCCUUAUACACCAACAAGAUGCAAUGGAAAUAGGGGAGAUCAGUUUCCGGCAGGGAAUUUGUUUGUAGCAGUAAGUGAAGGGUUGUGGGAUAAUGGGGCCGCGUGUGGGCGGCGUUACAGAUUGAGAUGUCUGAGUGGAAGUGGCCGUCGGCCGUGCAAGGGCGGCACGAUUGACGUUAGGGUGGUGGAUUACUGCCGCAAAAGGCCAUGCCCUUCCACCAUUGCCUUGUCCAGUGAUGCUUUUUCUGAAAUCUCUCGUUCUCCUAAUGCUAAAAUCAAUAUAGAAUACAUCCAGUAUGUGUCCUUAUCUCAUUAUACAUAAAUUUAGUACGAAGAAGCAGCAGCUAUUUUUCCCAACUUAUCAUUGACAAGAUUUUGCAGUUAGUUUUCAAUAAACUGAAGUAUAGAAGAGAGGCUAAAAAGGUGGACAAGUGGAAUUGUAAUGGAAAAUCAUGUGUAGUCAGUAAUGGUUUUAUUGUAAUUUAACAAGUCCUCCAUUGUGUAUCAUUUUUAACCUUUGUUCUUUACAAAAUUAAUGUUUAGAAAGAAGAGGGAUAUAUAGUUUUGUAUGCUUUCAAUAUUGUCCUUUGACAAAGUGUAAAGUGUUCAUAUCUUGAAACUAUUUCAUUUCCAUUUA